AUGGUGGUACUGUGUCAAGAUGGGGUUCGAGGCGUGAUUGAGAGCGCCUUCGCGGCCCUGGACGAAGUCUAUGUGCUGAGACACGACUCGAAUCAGUCACUGAAGAUGAGCACCAAUCAGAUCGCCUUCUUGGGCGAAUGGUCAGACUCGGUGGAGAUCAUCAAUUCCGUGGAAGUUCCGCCUGAUGUGGAAGCAAUUCUAGGGCUGGAACAGCUGGAGCAGCUGAGAGAAUUGGCUGGGAAAGCGCCCGUCCACCUCGAGUCCCUGCCCCAGGAGGGGUCCCGCGGAGCUUUGGCCCAGCUGGUAAUUGGCCCGAGCUCGGCCAAGGCAGUCAAGGAAGCAGUCGACACCAUUGUUAGUCACGUCGACGGGCUGGACUACCCGCCAAACAGCUAUGCAAAGGCGGCCAGUGAGAGCAACGCAGCGGUCGUUGCGAACGACAGCCUGGAUCCUGCCAGUGCGGGUGACCAAUGGAUUCCUCCUGCGGCCUCACUUCCUCAAACUUCAUCGGGGCUGUAUCCACCUGGGUCGCCACCCAUGAUGAUGGUUUGCCCGGUAUGGCCCGGCUCCAGCCCAGCUUGGUCAGAUUGGCCCGCGACAUCGACUUGGGGGUCAUCGGCGGCGACGGGGGCGGCAUUGCCUGCGGAGGAAAAUCUUUUGGCACCCUGGGCGGGUCAGCCGCAAACGGUGGAGGUGCCCAUAGACACGGAGCAGACGCCCGUGCAAGAGAUACCAUUGCGGUUAGAGUCAGGGCCUGCCAAAGAGGAGCGGCCGGGCGCCGCCCCUCCGUGGCGCAACAAGGAGCUCCCACCACCUCCUCAGAAGAAGCACGCCCCGGAGAAGAAGCCUCUGGAGAAGACGGAGGUCAGCGCUGGAACCACGGUGAAACGAUACAGGCCAUCUAGCUUGGCUGGGAAGCGACGCCGAGAGGCCAUGACUGUCAAGCAGGAGGUGGACGAGGACGAGGCCAGCGGCCUGAAGACCGCUGAGGAUAGCAGAGCACCCCAGGGAGUGGCGCCAGAGAGCCCGACCAACUCAGCUCAGGAUGAGGCAAACAAGACUGUCUUGUUUUGGGCGACUCAGCAGGACCAGUUCUCCAACCUCCCUCAGCUGCCUGACGGCUGGAUCAGGAUCCCUUCAAAAUCAGCAGGCAUAUACUACGUGAAUUUGGCAACCGGGAGAUCGACCUUUCGAUCGCCCUUGGAAUUACCACCAGGGUGGACGAAGGUGAUGUCCAAGAGCACAGGCCGAGAGUACUACUGGCACGCGGAGAAGCAGAUCUCGCAGUUUGAUUGGCCCACGGACUAG